AUGAUGUCACACUCAGCUCUGGCCCUCUGCCUCUUAUUCACCACAGUUUCUUCCAACCUUGCCAUUGCUAUCAAAAAGGAAAAGAGACCUCCUCAGACACUUUCAAGAGGAUGGGGAGAUGACAUCACUUGGGUGCAGACUUAUGAGGAAGGUCUCUUUCAUACUCAAAAAAGUAACAAGCCUCUGAUGGUUAUUCAUCACUUGGAAGACUGUCAAUACUGCCAAGCACUAAAAAAAGUGUUUGCCCAAAAUAAAGAAAUACAAGAAAUGGCUCAGAAUAAUUUCAUCAUGCUGAAUCUCAUGCAUGAGACCACAGAUAAGAAUUUAUCACCUGAUGGACAGUAUGUGCCUAGAAUCAUGUUUGUGGAUCCUUCAUUAACAGUCAGAGCUGAUAUAACUGGAAGAUACUCGAACAGAUUAUAUACAUAUGAACCUCAGGAUUUACCACUAUUGAUAGAAAACAUGAAGAAAGCAUUAAAACGUAUUCAAUCCGAGUUAUAA